CAAAUAUUUGGCUAUAAAAGGAUUAUUAAGUUUCUCAAGUGAUGCAAGUAAGAAAGUAAGAAGCAAUAUCAGUGAUCAGUAAUCGAGUUUUCUUGUCACCUAAUCAAGGCUCUCUGUUCCUAUCAAGAGUGUGAGAAAUGGAGGAGAAGAUGAGUUUGACAGUUCCUGAUGCUGUAGACUAUAAGGGCUAUCCUGCUGAUCGGGCUAAAACCGGGGGUUGGGUGCCUGCUGCACUUAUUCUAGGUAUUGAAAUAUGUGAGAGGCUUUCGACAAUGGGAAUAGCUGUGAACCUUGUGACAUACUUGGGCGGAGUAAUGCACGUUCCUAGUGCAGCUUCAGCCAAUAUUGUUACGGAUUUUAUGGGCACAUCUUUUCUUCUGUGCUUACUUGGAGGCUUUUUAGCUGACUCAUUCCUCGGCAGAUACAAGACCAUUGCAAUCUUCGCGUUAAUCCAGACACUGGGUACUGCUGCACUAGCAUUAUCAACCAAACUGCGACAAUUUCGCCCACCACCUUGCCAGAAUACUGCUCUGAACAACUGCAAACAGGCAAAUGAGUUCCAGAUGGGAGCUCUAUACGUUGCUUUGUACUUGAUUGCUCUAGGGACCGGUGGACUAAAGUCUAGUGUUUCUGGAUUCGGAACUGAUCAGUUUGAUGAGAAUAAUGAGAGGGAAAAAGCGCAAAGAGCAUUUUUCUUUAACAGGUUUUUCUUUUUUAUUAGCAUGGGAACUUUGAUGGCAGUCACCGUUCUUGUAUACAUACAAGAUGAAGUGGAUCGAAGCUUGGGAUACGGGCUUUGUUCAGUCGCGAUGAUAGUAGCCAUCCUGAUAUUUUUCUCAGGAAGUAGAAGAUACAGGUAUAAGAAAAGUGUUGGAAGUCCCAUAGUCUGCAUAUUCCAAGUUAUUGCAGCUGCUACAAGGAAGAGGAAGUUAGAGCUUCCUUACAAUGUUACUUUCUUAUACGAAGACUCUCCCGAAGCUUCCAGGAUCCAUCACACGGAUCAGUUCCAUUUCUUGGAUAAGGCUGCAAUAGUUGCAGAGGGAGAUUUUGAUAAAAGCUGCCCUAAUUCUGCUCCAAAUCCAUGGAAACUGUGCUCAGUAACAAGGGUGGAGGAAGUGAAAAUGAUGGCAAGACUACUACCAAUUUGGGCCACAACCAUCAUCUUCUGGACUGCAUAUGCUCAGAUGAUCACCUUCUCAGUUCAGCAAGCAUCCACCAUGGACAGAUAUAUGGGAAGUUUCCAAAUCCCAUCAGGCUCUCUUACUGUCUUCUUUGUUGCAGCCAUCUUGAUUACGCUCGCGUUCAACGACCGAGUCAUCAUGCCACUCUGGAAGAAAUGGAAAGGAAAGCCAGGUUUGAGUAGUUUACAGAGUAUUGCAGUAGGCCUGAUCAUGUCCACUAUCGGAAUGGGUGCAGCAGCACUAGUUGAGAUGAAAAGAUUGUCAGUUGCAGAAGACGCAGGUCGCAACACUCCAGUUCUGCCCAUAAGUGUAUUCUGGCUGAUCCCGCAAUUCUUUCUUGUGGGUUCUGGGGAAGCCUUCAUUUACACGGGGCAGCUUGAUUUUUUCAUAACUCAAUCACCUAAAGGAAUGAAAACAAUGAGCACGGGUCUGUUCCUCACCACGCUCUCUCUCGGGUUUUUCUUGAGUAGUUUCUUGGUCUCAGUUGUGAAGAAGGUGACAGGAACUAGUGAUGGACACGGAUGGCUGGCCGAUAACAUAAACUUCGGAAGACUGGACUAUUUCUAUGGUCUUCUGGCCAUACUUAGUGCCAUAAACUUUGUGAUAUACAUAAUAUGUGCAAUGUGGUACAAGCCACAGAAGGCUAAACCUGUGGUGGAGAUGGAUGACAUGGGGAAGAAUAUCCUUCCAGAGGACAAGUGCUAGUGAAUACGUAAAAAAAGCUAGCUAUAGGAAGUGUGAGCUAGCUAGCUAUUUAAGUUUACCUCAUCAUCAUUAGAUAUGGUUUCCAAGUUCUGUUGUCUUGUUGUUCUUUCCCUUUCCAUCAAUAGACUGAAUCAGGGUGUGAUUUUCCACAACAUUCGGAUGAGUAAAACUUACUUCCGGAUGAGAUAUACUAAAUAUGUUUGGUUUAA